GCAACACGCAUUAAAACUCAAACAAAAAGAGAUGGAGAUAGAGAAGUUUGCAAGUCUUUGAUUUCGUGUAGGAAACCAAACCCUAACAAAGGAUAGCCAAAAAAGCCUCUUCCUUUACCCUACUACAUAUAAAUUCAUACCUAUAUAGGAAGGUCGGAGUGGAAGUUUAGCCAUGGCCAAUGACAAAAGCUUGUUCAAGAAACAACAUGCUCUUGAGAGGAGGAAGGCAGAAGCUUUGCGAAUCAGGGAGAAGUAUCCGGAGAGAGUACCGGUGAUUGUGGAGAAGGCCGUAAAGAGUGACGUUCCUGACAUUGACAAGAAGAAAUACCUUGUGCCUGCUGAUUUGACUGUUGGACAAUUUGGUUAUGUUGUCCGCAAGAGGAUCAAGCUCGGUGCAGAGAAGGCUAUAUUUACCUUUGUCAACAACGUUUUACCUCCCCAAGCUGCCUUGAUGUCAGCAAUUUACGAAGACAACAAGGAUGAAGAUGGAUUCCUUUACAUGACCUACAGUGGAGAGAAUGCCUUUGGAUCUCACUAAGAAGAAAGCGCGAAUGUGAAUAGAACAUUAAAAAUGUAAAUUCGGUAGCUGGAGGCAACGAUCUGCUUAUCUACUAAAGUUUAUAGUUAAUCAUGCUCUUUGAGACUGCUGGGAUUGGUAUCGUUGGUGUAGUAUUUUACUUAUAUGACAUGUCAAGGGAUUUUAGAGAAUCGGUUACUUGAAUGUUAAUAAUUUCCAGCUUAAUCAGUUAUAUGCAUAUGAUCGUUCAGAAUUGCUUUUCCUGUGUUACCUUGACAGUUGAUACUUAUUGGGGUAGGCACAUGUACAAAGAAUGGCUCAAGCCUUUUGCAUUAAAGGAUAGAGAAGGCAGAGUACAACAAUAAACCCAAUCACUUGUAACAGAAGCAGUUUAAAUGACAAGCAAACCCAUUAUUAAUGUUUAAACUUCAGUUGAGGUCUUGGUAGAUUUCUUCUUCUGGCACUGAUUUUUGAUCCAUUUGAUGCCAUUGGUUGUGCCACUUUUGAUCUUUUCAGCGCCAGCCAUUGCUGCUACCUUAGCUUUGUUAAGUCCAGACUUGGUCUCUCCCUUGUUCUUGUUGUUGUCUUCCACGCUUUUGUUCUUGUUUUCAUCUUCCAAUGCGCCGAUACCUCCCGCGCCCCAUUGAUCCGCCCACCCAGGUGCUUCCGACGCCAUUU